AUGGCGCCCCCGUCGCCGCGCCCCCCGGGGCCGCUGCUGCUGCUGCUGCUGCUGCUGAGCGCCGCGCUGCUGGGCGCCCGGGCCCGCGCCGAGCCCGCCGGCAGCGCCGUCCCCGCGCAGAGCCGCCCGUGCGUGGACUGCCACGCGUUCGAGUUCAUGCAACGCGCCCUGCAGGACCUGCGCAAGACGGCCUUCAGCCUGGACGCCCGGACGGAGACCCUCCUGCUGCAGGCAGAGCGCCGGGCCCUGUGUGCCUGCUGGCCCUCGGGGCGCUGA